AUGUUGACUGUACAUCUCUCCGAGUUACACAAUCAGCUGAACCAAGAACUAAAAGAAUUAUUUGUACAAAUUCAUCGAGUUGUUGCGAAUAAUAUUUCUCCUGUUAUACAACUUAAAAACGAUGAUGUGACGCGACAAGCACUCAUCUACGAGAUUGAGAAGAAAUUAUCAGAGAGCCGUGGCGAAAUUGACCAAGGUGUUUCAAAGUGUCUAAAUAAACUUUAUUUAGAGUUGGAGAAAAAUCCAGAGUUAACAGCGAUUGUCCGAUCAUCGGGAAAACGUAGACUCUAUGGCGAUCCUUAUCAAGCCGUUGUCGGUCAGUGUAGGAAUGGAGAAAAUAGCUUGCUCUGUUCUGCUGAAAUUUAUCAUAACACGUCUUUAAGAAAUAUUUUUAAAUGUCUUCUUAAAAUCGGUCGAACCACCUACCCGAGUCGCCAUCUUGUAGGGAAUAUUUUUCCAAUUAUCAGUGGCAUCAUCGGUUUUCUACUGUGUAAGGCUGAAUGCUUUUCACCAAGGGAGAUAGGUAAAGAAGUACGGCUCGAGCGUCAAAGGUUAACAAAUCAAGCAGAAACAUAUGCAGAGUCAAACGCUGAAACAAUUCUCAAAGGACUCGGAGAAGAUAUAUGUAAUCAUAUUCGUCAAACACUUUGCGAGCAACAGAAUAAUAUCAACGAAGACAUAAGGAGAAUAAAAGCGAGAUUGAUUCAACAAAAAGAUUCUAGUCAAGUACAGCAUAUUGCUCAAUUUCUCAAAGACAACACUUUAUCCAUCGUUCAACUUUAUUUAAAUCUUCUUGAUAAGACGAAUCGUGUUGAAUAUCCUCAUUGUGAAAUUAAUCUUGGAACAGAGUUGGGUCGUAGUAAUUUUCCUGUAUUCGCUGGUGAACUUAGCGAUACUGAUCGAACAUGUUCAGAAAAGAUUGCAUUCGAACGUGUUCCACUCAACAGUUUUAUUUGGUAA